GACUUUACAGUUCUUCAAACAGGAGCAUAUGGGACGUGUGUCACGUUCAAUUGUAAGGGAGGCAAGAACGUUCACGGUUCUCAAGACUCAAACUCUGAAGGCUACGGUUCCAAGGAGCCCGACUUUUUCAAGAGCAUGAAACCAUCGGAAGGACUUCAGCUCGUGCUCACGACAUACGCACCGAACGAAGUAUUCCUUCUUUCGCCGGCCGACGGCUUCAGGCUCACGGUUCACCCAAUCGAGUCCGACCCAAAUCCGCUGGGUGAAGGAUUUGACGUGAACCUGCAAAUGGUUUCCAACGUCGUUAUAUCGAAGAUGCAAUUUGAGCGACUUCAUCCAGAGGAUGGGGGAAAUUGUGCUCUGGAUACCUUCUUGAUGCAAAGGUUCGGCACCGAGGUCUUCAACAUCACACAGGACACGAAAUACUCUAAGAAGGAAAUAUGCGAGAUUCAAAUGCUGCCCGGGGACGCCCGAGGCUGCCCUACAUAUCCUGUUCAGCUGGUCCCCAUGAACGCAACAAGAAAUUGCAACAUGAAUAGUUAUUUUAAAUCCUACUUGCAAAUUCAUCGGAAAAUCAUCGCUGACGAUGGGUUCUGCGGUUGUCCUACUCAAGCUUGCACAGAGGAGUCAUUCCGAUGGUCGCUGUCGUCGGCGCAGAUGGGCCGCGAGAAAUCUUUGUUCUUGGAUCUCAUCUCCUGGAUGAAGAGCGAGAACAUCUUUGCCUACUGGAUGCUGCUUGACUUAUUGUACUGGAUGACAGUAGUAGACUUCAAACGACCUGAGAAUCUCGCUGUCGUCAACGUGUACUAUGAAACCAUGGCCGUUGCGAAAACUGUGGAGAGUGCUCUAUAUCCUUGGACAAGUUUCAUCGGGACAUUGGGAGGGUUGCUGGGUCUCUACACUGGAAUCUCCUUCCUCUCCGUUCUGGAAAUGCUGGAGUGGAUCUUCGACCUUCUCUUGUAUGGAUGGAGGAAGCCUCGGCAUGACAGGAUAGGACCGAAGCGACUGGUCAUCAUCACCAUGAGGGAGAGACCUGAAAUGGAAGGAAAAUCCGGAAAGAAGGAAGCGGAGAAAACAGUCCUUACUUGGGAAGAUCCGCCCAUCUACAAUCCUCCAAGUUUUGGAGAAACCUGGAAAGCUGCACUCGAUCUUGCCCAUUCUCGUAAAUUACUCAAGACGUAGGGAUCUUCGUAUCCGUAGAUCGACGACUAUGCG